GCAGAGAGGUUCUGACUAAAUUUACUUUACAACUGCAGACCAGCAUUCUGAAUUGAAGCAACGUAUUGCCUGAAUUUAAAGACAACAAACUUGCUAUUCUACAGUAUGCUGUUGUUGAUACUCGAGCGUGCCCUUGGUUUCCUGACAACCCCGUUUGGUGUUUUAUCUGUGGUGUUAAUGAUUCUGAUCCUUGCUGGACUAUGGACCCUUCAUCGCCCUGGUUACCUGCCUCCUGGCCCACCCGGAUAUCCGUUUAUCGGCAACAUGCUUGAUAUGGCUGACAAUGCUCAUUUGUCCUUAACUGCUCACUCUAAGCAAUAUGGAGACAUGUUCAGUAUAAAGCUUGGAACAUUAGAUAUUGUUAUGUUGAACAGUAUAGGGGUUGUCAAAGAAGCAUUGGUGAAAAAACAAGACGCAUUUGCCGAUAGACCAAGUUUUUUUACAGGAGAUAUUUUUAGUGAAGGCAGAAGAAAUAUAUCAAACGGGGAAUACAAUCCAACUUGGAAAUGUCUCCGAAAAUAUGCACAUCAAGGCAUAAGGCAUUUUGCCAAGCCAGACCAGGUGGAACGGUACAUUCAUGAAGAAACAUUUCCACAAAUUCGAGAGUUUAUUGAAAAUAAAGAUGGACGACCUUUUGACCCCAAACCAUUGGUUAUGCUAAUGGUAGCGAACGUAAUUUGCGGCAUGUGUUUUGGAACCAAAUAUAGCCUAGAGGACCCAGAACUUCUUUACAUUUUAAAACUAAUAAAAGAAUUGACUGCAGCAACGGGUAAUGGAUUUGCAGCUGACUUCGCCCCAGUACUGCAGUACGUACCAUCACCAGCGAUACGUAACUUUAAGCGAAUUUGUCAAGAGUGGGUGAUGUUCAUUCAAGAUAAAGUAGAUGAACAUAGAAAAGAUUUCAAACCAGCUGCCUUAGAUCAAACAAGACAUGCUAUUGACUGGGCAAUAGUGUACCUGGUACAUUUCCCUGAUGUACAAGCCAAAGUUCACCAAGAAAUUGAUGAACAGAUUGGUGUUGAUAGCUUACCGAAAAUAUGUGAUAAAGACCGCCUUCCGUUUUGCCAGGCAGUGAUAAUGGAACUAAUGAGAGUGAGGACUGUGGUGCCAUUGUCUUUACCAUUGAAAACCACAUGCGCAACAACUCUGGGUGGCUUUGAACUUCCAAAAGGAACUGUGGUCUGGCCAAAUUUAUGGGCAUUACAUAUGGAUGAACGUGAGUGGGACAAACCUGAAGAAUUCCACCCAGAACGUUUUCUGAAUGACGAAGGCAAUCUGAAACCAAAGCCAGAAAGUUAUCUCCCAUUCUCUGCCGGUCGACGUGGAUGUCUUGGAGAAGCGCUUGUCAAAGAUGAAUUAUUUCUCAUGUUUACUUGCCUGCUGCAGCAAUUUGUAUUUACUGUACCACCGGGAGCUGAAAAACCUAGUUUGGUUCCUUAUUGUGAAGCUUUUAACUUAAGAUGUCAAAAGUAUGAAGUUAUUGGGAGAAAGAGAAACAAGUAAACAUCUCAUUUCAUAAUUAUGGUUCCAAAUUCCGUCAUUACAAAUAUACAAAUUACAU